UCCAAGUUCCGUUUCGUCUCGUCUGUGUCAUCUCUUUUGGGGUUUGCGACUUCAGAGAGAGGCGAAUUCUCGUUCCGCCGCCAAGAAUUUGAUUAUCCGAUCAGUUCACCGAUUAUCUCUCAGUCGCAUACCAUUUCUCACAAUCUUCUCUUCUUCAAAUCAAAGGAUAUGGCUGUUUCUGGUGCCAUCCCGACGUCGUUAUCAAAGCUCCAUUAUCCAUCUUUUUCUCCGACUACGCUGGAUUUGUUUGAGAUUCAUGCUUUUCCGAUGAAGAAUAUGAGAAUUGGAGGUGUGAUCCAGAGAGUGCGUUGCGACCUUUCUUCCUCCUCCUCCACCUUCUCGGCUUUGCAACAGCUUAAGAAGUCUUCCAUUGACAGAUACACAAAGGAGAGAAGCAGCAUUGUUGUGAUUGGACUUAGCAUCCACACUGCUCCUUUAGAGAUGCGUGAGAAGUUAGCUAUUCCUCUCGCUGAAUUGCCUCAAGCUGUCUCUGAGUUGUGUGGUUUGUAUCAUAUUGAAGAAGCUGCUGUUCUCAGUACUUGUAACCGUAUGGAGAUUUAUGUCUUGGCUCUUUCUCACCACCGUGGUGUCAGAGAAGUCACUCAAUGGAUGUCUAAGAGAAGUGGAAUCCCAGUUUCUGAGAUAUGUCAGCAUUGGUUUCUCCUGUACAACAAUGAUGCCACGCAGCAUCUGUUUGAAGUCUCAUCUGGUCUGGACUCUCUUGUCCUAGGAGAAGGUCAGAUACUCUCACAGGUCAAACAAGUCAGAGAAAAAUUACGCAGUGGGUUUGGUAUGGUUAUCCCUGGGCUGUUUGAAAAGGCUAUCACUGCUGGGAAGCGUGUUAGAACAGAGACAUGUAUCGCCUCUGGUGCUGUUUCCGUUAGCUCAGCUGCCGUUGAGCUUGCUCUCACCAAGCUUCCAACAGGAUCUGCAUCCUCUGCUGUGAUGCUGGUUGUUGGUGCAGGAAAGAUGGGGAAGCUUGUGAUCAAGCACUUGGUUGCUAAAGGUUGUACUAGAAUGGUUGUUGUGAACAGAAGCCGAGAGAGAGUUGCAGCUAUCCAAGAGGAGAUGAUGCCACUUGGCGUUGAGAUUGUUUAUAAACCCUUUGAUGAGAUGCUAGCUUGUGCUGGAGAAGCUAAUGUGAUUUUCACUAGCACAGCAUCUGAGACACCAUUGUUCUUGAAGGAACACGUUGAGUCUCUCCCUCUUAUGAAUGAUGCGAGGCUCCUUGUUGAUAUCUCUGUUCCUAGAAACGUUGGAUCUUGUGUUGAUGAACUAGACAGUGCACGGGUUUACAACGUGGAUGACCUCAAAGAAGUUGUUGCUGCGAAUAAAGAAGACAGGGCGAGGAAAGCAAUGGAAGCUAAUUAUAUAAUAACAGAGGAGUCUAAGAAGUUUGAAGCGUGGAGGGACUCACUGCAGACGGUUCCAACGAUCAAGAAGUUGAGAAGAAAAACAGAGAGAAUCAGAGCUGCUUCGGUUGAGAAGUUCAUGUCGAGAUAUGGUAAAGACAUGGACAAGAAGACGAAGGAAGCAGUAGAUGAUCUAACCCGAGGUAUGCUGAACAAGAUCCUGCACGGUCCAAUGAAACAUUUGAGAUGCGAUGACGGUGAGAACAGAGAGCUGCCUGAGACGCUAGAGAACAUGGAGGCUCUCAACAGAAUGUUUGAACUCGAACUAGAGUUACUCGAGGAGAAGAUCAGAGCAAAGAUGGAACAAAAAUAGAGAGGCAUCCGAUUUUUCUUAUUUACGUAGAAGUCAGACGGCACGCAUUUGUUAUAAAACAAACUUGUUGAGUCCAGAGUGAACAUGUCCUUAUUGAUUGAUGUCUUUGAUGACAAGUAAACCACAAUUGUUUUAUUACCACAGUUUUUUAACUCCUGCGUUCGAAAGAGUGAUAAUUGGUAUGAA